AUGUACAUACGCGGGUUGUUCGUUUUCUGCCUGGCCGCGGCCGUGGUUCUUGCUAAUCUACAACAGGACCCGUACGCGACACUCGGCCUAAAGAAGGGCGCCUCGAUCCGCGACAUCAAGAAGGCCUACAAAUCGCAGGCUCGCGAGUGGCAUCCCGACAAAAAUGACAGCCCCGAGGCCGGCGAGAAGUUUAUGGCGAUCAGCAAGGCGUACGAGGUGCUGUCCGACCCGAUUAAGAAGGACAGAUAUGAUAAAUAUGGAGCGUUUGACGACACGCCUCAAGGUCACAAUGACUUCCACGGGUUCGGUGGCUACAAUAGCUUCUUUGGCGGAUUCGGGCAGACGGAUCGGCAGAAUUCGUUCUUCGCCAAGCACAAGAUCAGCAUGCGGCUGUAUUCACACUCGAUUCUGGAGAAGAGCAACCAGCAGCCGUUCAUCCUGUUCGCCUACUCGGGCUACUGCCACCUCUGCUAUCAGAUCGAGCCGGUGUGGCAGAGCGUCGUCGAGGACCUCGAGCCCCUUGGCUAUGGCGUCGGCACGAUCAACGCGAUGACGGACGGGAACUUGCUGGAGAAGCUGCGCGUCACCCACUUGCCGUCGUUGAUGGUGCUCGUCGAGGGACGCGUGAUUCACUACUCUGGGAAUAUGGUUCACAUGAAUGCCAAGAACGUGCGCGUCUGGGCCCGAGACGUCAUCCCCAGAUCCGUCCUGAUCACCAUCGACGCGCACGAGACGCUAAAGCGCUUCAUAGACCUGUGGAAAACGACAAAUAAGGUCUCCGUCCUGAUCCUCGGCGCGGCCGCCGAGCCCCGGCUUCGCUACAUUCUGACGGCGAUGAAGUACUCGCAGACCGCGCGCUUUGCCUACAUCCAUUUGGGCGGCUCGAACCCCGAGGUGCAAGACAUGCGCGAGGCGUUGGCGAUCAAGUGCACGCAGUGCGAGAAUGUGCUCAUCUUCAACGAUGCGCCAGAGCGCGGCCCGAUCGCCCGGCUCUCAAUCAGCAACGCGAACCAGUUGACGAAGGACAUGUUGACGCAAAUCCUGGACCAAAAUCGCUUCAUGACGUUGCCAAGGCUAUCCUCGAACAUCUACCUUGACGAGCUGUGCCCGGUAUCGUCGCGGAACCCGCGGAGGCUGUGCGCCAUUUUGGUCGUUAUGGACGGGAGUGACGAGAAGUACGUCGAGUCCUAUAGACGAUUCGUGACGGCCCGGAAGGGGAAGUUUGACGACGGGAAGAUGAACCUCGUCUACCUGUACGCGAACCGGCAGACCGACUGGAUCAAGCCGUUCCUGGAGCGCCGCAGCGGAAAUCCAGAUAAUUCGGCGCGCGACGUGCUGGUGAUGUGGCGAUACGAGCACGUGAAGGCGCGAUUUACCUGGCUUAACGGCGCCUGGAAAGAAGAUGGUUCUGAAGCUACACUCGAUGCUGCGUUGACGGACGUACUGCGAAACUCGAUCAAGCUGGAUGAGAUGGCAAAUGUCGGAAAUCUGAACGACGAAUACUACCCAUCGUGGUGGAACCGGAUGUCGAAAACCGUCGUCCGGCUCUUCGAGACGCUGUGGUUCCACUCGACCAAGGAGGAGGCGCUUCCCGUACUCUCCGUCGUUGGCACGCUGUUGUUCAUCUUCUUCGCCUACUAUGCCCUGAACUAUUUGACGCGACCGGAAACGAGGGAGCGGAGGCGCUUCUCCCCGACGUCUUCUGAAGAAUGGCACCCGGAAGACCCAAACGUGACGGAUAAAGAUGCGCUGCACACGGGCGGGCCAAAAGAUUCGGCGGCUCGCAAUAAAAAAAUCAUGUCCGUGAUGGAGCCGAUCAUUCACGAGCUGCGCGCCGAGUCUUACUACGGAAUGGUACGUCUUCUGAAGCCGGGCUGCCGCUCGAUGAUCCUGCUCGUCGAUGAGGAGCAUAAGAAGCCGUUGCUCGAGCAGUUUGCAAAGUAUUUGUACCCGCUGCGAAAUAACAAGACCUUCUCCUUCGGCUACCUGAUGGUCGACAAGAAUCUGCCAUGGUUCCGGAAGCUCCUAGAACACACGCUGCCCGGUGGUGAUGGUAACCCUGCACCUUCUGAUGAGCAAAAGGGCGCCUCGAUGUACGAGCGUUUGAAGUCAAUAAACCCUCGCCAAACGAUCGGGACCGUGUUGGUGCUGUGCGGCUGGAAGCUGUACUUCUCCAUCUACCACCCCAUGCACACGGCGCCCAAUAAGAAGCACUUUUUGGGCUUCGAGGACGACGGCGAGGAGGCCAGCGACUAUUCUGACGAGGAGCUCGACAACAACGAGGCCGUCAACCGGCGCAAGUCGUUCACCAACGUCAACUUGCAAAACGUGCUCAACGGGUUCGGCAACUGGAUGGAUCGGUUAUUGGAAGGCUCCAUCCGCCGCUACUACAUCCCGGAAUGGCCGGAUAAUCUGAAG